AUGAAUGGACCCGGUCCCGAAGUACAUACGGGGCGAACAUCCCCACCAUCCGCUGGCCCUUUUGGAUACUCCUUCCUUUCCCCAAUGGAUACCCCAUUCGAGCAGGCGCCCGCCCUUCCCCCGGGUCCCUCGUUGCUGGACGACCACGAAUCAAACAUGCUCGACAACUUCUUUACCACCAUGAAUGCCAACAACUUCUCCAAUGACUUCUGGUUCCGUGGUGCCCAGGACAAGUCGUCCACCGGGAUGCACUUUGACUGGACCAGUGAGCUUCCUCCAACCUUCGAGGGCUCAACCACCUCGUUGUCGCAGCCAUCCUUCCAUCACCAGGCCCCGAAGCCUGGCAUGAUGGCCGGCAACGGCACCGGUCCGGAUCUCUAUGCGGCUGCCUCGAUGCUAUACCAGAACGGCAUCAACGGGGCUGAGAUUGGCUCUGCGCUGGCGCAGCAGGCAUUCUCCGGUCAGCCUCUUUCCCCCCACGCCCGCCGCAGCUCACACCCUGUCGGCAAUGCCCAUGCGUCUAGUUCCUCGCCGGCCAGAGCCCAGCUCCCGACGGGAUUCCAUACGUCCGAGAUGCUCUUCGAUGUGCGGGACCCCAUUCCGGAAGACCAGCACCCGUCUCGGAAGGUGCGUGGUCUGCACUGGGGAUCGGAUAACAGCUUCAUGGAUCAGGGCUACAUCGCCCCGCCUGAUCAGCCUGACAUGGAAACCCGUACCCGGGACCUCCUCGAACACCUCGACUGCUUCGAGCCUCAGGCCAGCGCGGCCAACACCCGACCGACCACCCCCGAGCGCCUCGCGGCCGCCCACGCCCACAUUGCGACUCUCCGCAAUGCCGACAGAGAUGAUCCUUCGCAGCCGCGGAAGCGUCAGCGCAUCAUCAAAGAAGGCGAGAUCCCAUCGGACGAGGAGGAUACUCGACUGGUUCGAAAGUCCCGAACUCCCAGCAACGCCAAGGUGCGCCGCGCCUCGACUGCUACCAACUCAUCCGGCAAGGCACGGGUUACCCCGAGCAGCAAGAACGCCCGCGAGAAUCUCUCAGAGGAGCAGAAACGAACCAACCACAUUCUCUCCGAGCAGAAGCGUCGCAAUCUCAUCCGUCAAGGCUUUGAUGAUCUCUGCUCUCUCGUCCCCGGACUUCGAGGCGGUGGCUUUAGCAAGAGUGCGAUGCUUACCCAAGCGGCCGACUGGCUUGAGGAACUUCUUCGCGGAAAUGACAUCCUGCAGAGCCAACUGACGGAUAUGAAGGGUAUCAACGGGCUGGUUAUGCCACGAUGA